UUUUAUUUAAUUUAUAAAUAUGAGAGACGAAGUGAAGAUGGAUGCGAAUCGGCUAAUCGCCGAAGUAUAUAAGCGGCCAGCACUUUGGAACCAAAGGCAUAUCUCUUAUCACAAUCGCGAAGUGACGAACCGCGUUUGGAUGGAGAUUGCAUCGAUAUUCAAAUUGCCCAAACCAGUGUUAAAAGCGAAGUGGAAAGGUUUACGGGACACUUUUCGGGCAGAAUUAAAAAAGGACCAAGUUUAUCGUAAAAGUAAAUUUCAUCGAAAUAGGCCGGUAUGGAUACAUUUCAAAAGUUUACAGUUUUUAAAGGAACAAAUGUUACCUCGUCCUCCGAUUUGGGAGCGAAGUAAUCCUUGUCAAGAUGACGAUCGAGUACCAAGCGAAGGUGAAGGCGAUGGACUGAUGCUGAAAAGUUCGUCGGUGUCAAAUCGAAAUGUUGACGACCGUAACUCGAUUGCAAAUCAUCUACUGUCGAUGAAUAACGACAACGGAUUAAAGAUCGACAGUGUCAAUCAUAUAGACGUGAAACAAGAACCUGAAGAAAACUUUGACAAUCUCGAGUUCCAAAGUGUUUCCGAUAAUUUAACUGAAAACGAAAUGAUGUUACAAAAUAUUUCCCCUGAACAAGUGUUGAUAGGCGACAGUGAUACUAAUAUUGGCCUCCCGGUAGAUCCUUUAGAAGGCAACCGUUUCGACGACAAUUAUUAUUUCCUUAUGAGUCUUUUACCUCACAUAAGAGCAUUACCUGCAGAUAGAAGGAUGCUGCUCAGAAUGCAAAUGCAGGAAUUAGUUUAUAAAGAGGUUUAUAAGAAAAAUUCGGAUGAAGUUACUACAUCAUAAAAAAACGUAAAAACAAGUACUUAUUUUUAAUGAUGAUACAAACGAGUGUUUUUCGGAACUAGUUAGAGUUUACUAAUUUUCAUUUAUGAAAAUUAACGAAACAACUAAUAGGUUUGAAAAACGUGGAAAAUAAACGAUCUUAACUAGGAUGACCAUUCGUACUAAUUUUUAAGCAUUUAAAUUGAUUUAAAAAAUUGUGUGCGUAGACCGUAGCGAGGUAGAAAUAAAAUUUCU